AUGGGAACUCCCCAACAAAAGGUUAAGAAUAAAGAUGGACACUUUUCUUACACAAAAGGUGAUAAGAAGCCCUUUAACAAAAAGUUAAAGGACGAGGAUGAAAAUGCAUUUCUCAUACAAAAGAUGUUUGGUGGUGUGGAUGAUACUGUAUUUUGUGGUGUGUUUGAUGGACAUGGACCACAUGGACAUGUGGUUGCGAAGAAAAUUAGAGAAUGCUUUAUUUUAACGGUAAUGGAGAAAUGGAAUUCACGUUGUCAUGAUGAUGUUGAUGAUUAUAAAACUAAUACUAACAAUAACAAGGAUGGUGUUUUAAGGAUGAUGAGAGAAUCGUUUUUUAUGGUGUCUAAGUUUGUGGACAAAGAACUCAAACUUCAUUAUGUCAUGCAAUCUUUUGGAAGUGGGACUAUUGUUGUUACAUUGUUCAAGAAGCCAUGUUUGCAGGUAGCUGAAUAUUGUUGUUGCUCCCAUAUAGACUAA